AUGGCAUGUUUGCAUGGGCACCGCGCGGUGGUGUGGAGCCUUCUCCAACACCGAGCGCGACCGGGGCAAAGCGACAAGAAGGGCAGGAAUGCCUUUCACCUGGCAUGUUGCAACGAUCCAGAAGUUGUCCGCAUUCUGCUGCAGAACAGUCCAGAUGUCACGCUGCUGAAGGCCCAGGACUCCCAGGGUCGAAAUGCGCUCUACUAUGCCAUGGGAAACCCCAACGAUGAGUCGAGAUCAGAUAUCCUCCAGUUGCUGCUGGACAGCGGGUGCAGCGCAAGCCAGGCCGAUUCCUUUGGCCGUCCAGCAUUGUUCUAUGCAGUGCAAGCAGGGGCCAUGGACGUUGUGGCCUUGCUCCUGCCAGCAGUGGACUUGGAAAAUUUCAGGCCAGGUCGGACUGGUUGGCGGACGAUGGCAAUGUUGAUAGAAACAAGGGUCCCAAACCCUCCUCCGCAUCAGAUCAAAGCAAAGCAACAGCAGCUUCGGCGUCCGCUGGUGAAAGCAAAGCAGACGCGAGCGCAGCGUCGACAGUUCGCUCCGCAUCUGAUCAAAGCAAAGCAACAGCAGCUUCGGCGCCCGCUGGUGAAAGCAAAGCAGAAGCGAGCGCAGCGUCGAAAGCUCCCUCCGCAUCCGAUCAAAGCAAAGCAAAAGCAGCUUCGGCGCCCGCUGGUGAAAGCAAAGCAGAAACGAGCGCAGCGUCGAAAGCUGCCUCCGCAUCCGAUCAAAGCAAAGCAAAAGCAGCUUCGGCGCCCACCGGUGAAAGCAAAGCAGAAACGAGCGCAGCGUCGAAAGCUCCCUCCGCAUCUGAUCAAAGCAAAGCAACAGCAGCUUCGGCGCCCGCUGGUGAAAGCAAAGCAGAAGCGAGCGCAGCGUCGAAAGCUCCCUCCGCAUCUGAUCAAAGCAAAGCGACAGCCAUGGCAGCACCGUUACCAGUGGCAAGCACGAACGAGCGAGCUGAAGGCCUGUGAUCAUCCCAUGCGCUUGUUCAGUGUUUCGCUCCUCUGCUUGGGGGGCGCCUGGGGUACUGAACAGGCCCUGGUGAAGAAGCACACGUUCUUGAAUCCCGUUUUGCUCAGCGACCCUGAGGAGGCGAAGGCGUUGGGAACGGGUCUCGAUUUGGAUCGGCGGCGCAUUGAUACUGCCUUCCGGCGCUUCGAUGUGGAUCGAUCCGAACUUUUAGAUGACGACGAGUUAGCACGCUUGGCCGCCUACCUUGGCUUCGACGUGGACCCGAGGAGCUUGGACCAUGACGAAAGCGGCAGCAUCAGCCUGAACGAAUUCCACGAUUUCGUGGGACGAAUGGGCGGUGUGCAGCGCCUUUUCGAGCAACGCCGGCAGCAGGUCGCAAGCAGCCGCCGCGAUGCCACGAGCCUGGCUGGUGUGGCCGUGGGCACCAAGCCUGACCGCAAGAAGUCGGAAGAGCCGGAGGAGGCAAUCGUCAUUGGGGUGCACUUCAAAGGAGAAGAGGGCAUGGCCUGCCCUUCUCAGCUGGAGGUUCAGCUGGAGUUCCUGAGGAGUGGUCGCAAGACCUGCGUUCCAGCACAUUGGAUCGUGAGCACCGAGGAGGAUGCCGAGCUGGCCGCAGCUCUUCGGGAGGUGGGCAUCCACGACGAGGACCAACCCUUCUGGGAGUCCAUUUUUCUGGCUUCAGAGAUGCGGGAGGCGGGUGUGUCGUCUCACAAGCUGCCAGCGCCGGGCUCUGGCACAGGUCCGAGCCCAUGCCACAGCGAGCCACCAGGAGAGCUAGCAGCUCUAUCGGAGGCUGAGAAGCGAGUCCUGGCGCGCUUUGAGAAGAUGGGAUUCAGCGACAAGGAGCUGCAGGCUUGUUUGAGCUGGAUCCAAGAUCUGGCUCCGGUCAUCAUCCACGUCAACAUCGACACAGUGGGACGUUUCUUAGAGUCAGACGAGUACUACAGGCCCCUCGGCAAGAAGAAGAGGCAAAAAGAAGAGCUUGUGCUGCUGUGGUGCUCGCCUAAAAAGGUCACCAAUGACUUCGAAGGUUGCAAGCCUGCCCUGCAGUAUGGCGAUUCCUACCUGGUUCUCAAGGAUGUCCGCCUCCGCUGCACGUUUGCUCCGGAGGAUUCUGGAGGAAUUGAAGGCUCCAGACUGGCAGUCCUCGACAAGUAUGCCCAUGUGCUGGAGGAGUAUGAAGACGAGGAGAUCCACAAGCUGGUGGACGUGGCCACAGCGCCCCCUGCGCGCCCCAGCUCGGAGGCUCCGAGGCUGCUGCGAGGUGGCACUGAGGAUCCCACACAGGAGUGGGUGACUUUUGGCUUCCCUCAGCUCAAGCGCAAGGAAGGCUGCUUCUUCUUCGAGGUGGAGCUGAUCGAGGGUUGCAGCUUGCCACAAGUUGGCUUCGCCAGCGACCAGUUCCAGUGGGUCCAGUCCAGCAGCGGUAUCGGCGAUGACGAGUGCAGCUGCGGGGUUGAUGGGAUGCACGGUGCCUGUCUCAAGGGUGGGCCUCUGUGUUCCUGGGAGGGUGUCUCAUGGAAGAAGAAGGAUUCAGACGUCUACUAUGACGACGAGGGCGAGCAGGUGCUGGCCGAGACUGUGGUGGUGGGUGUUGUUGUAGACUUCAACCUGGGCGCCAUUUGCUUUGCUUCGAACGGAGCUUGGAGUGAACCUUGGAAGCCACAGGUUCUGGAAGAGGACAUGCCCUGCUUCCACGAGGGGCUCUACCCAGCGAUUUCCGUGAAAGGCCGAGCUUCCUUCCAAUUUGGCCCAGAUUUCAAGAAGUCCUACAAGUGGGCGACCUGGCCUGGGGCCGGACAGGGGCGGAUCCGUGUCGACUGCCCCGCUGUGGGGGACUCCCGCGUGCUAUCCAUCUACAAGGAAGCCCAGAUCCACGGCGAGGUAAGCCUCAAGCGGCACGUGCUACGCCUGGUCGCAGCCCGGAAGUACAAGCAGAAGGCACGCUGCUGGACCGUGCAGGUUCACAACGCUGGCCGCUGCAGCGGAACCUACAAGUGGUCCGGGCGACAUAACAAGCGCUCCCUCUACAGGUCUUCGUCGGGCGCUGUCAUCUACUACAGCACGGAGGACGCUGUGGUUUCAGGUCUGAAUGCAGACACUAGUAUGGUGCUUGUAAGUGAGGACACAUCCUGGAAGAUGAACGACAAGGACGACAUGUCUGGCUUCGCGCUCCGCGCAGAAGCGAAGACUGUGCACCUCAGCAGCGCGAGCAACACCCCCUGCAUGGAGCCGCCUCGGGGCGGCUGGAAGGCAGCGUUGGAGUUGAAAGGCCGGGUUCACCGGGACGCAUUCAAGCCAGCUCUGCUGGCCUGGAACGUCCCUGAGGAUGAUGUCGAGGCACUUAUGGAAGUGCUCUGUGGGCAGGCCAGCAGCGACAAGGACCACAUUUUUCGAAAGCAUGGGGCCUCAUCCUUCAAAGCCGAGUGGGCGAAGCUCGCAACGCAGAAAGCACUGCAAGAGCCAUUCUGUCGUGUACCAACGGCCGCAGAAGCUUGGUCUCAGGUGGUCAGGUUUGCUCAAGGCCGACUACUGGAAAGCCUCGGGCUUUCAAAAGCCACUUCUGUAGCUGUGGUGCGGAAUCAGAGUUGCCAAGAGAUGACUGAGCAACUUCUAUCCUUGGGACCCAGGGUGCUCAAGGAAAACAGCACUGGCAUCGCGGUGCAUGUCUUGAACCUCCACAGCGAGGGCUCUGCGGUCCUUGGGCUCAGUGAGCCACGCUUGGCCUGGCAGUCCGCUGGUCCCGGUGCUCGCGCUGCAGCCAUGCUUUCGAGCAGCUGCUUUCUGAGCUGUCUGCCAGAUGUUCCAGGAACUGUGGUGGAGAGGAGACCUGGCACGCUGCGACGCCUCCUGCUGGAUGACAUGGAUGUCGCAAGGAACGAGAUGUUUUGGCCACUUCAGGAAGCCUCGUCUGAUGAGGUUUCGCAGCCACGGGACCUCGUUGGAAGGUGGUGUAGCAGAUCUGACAGCAUCCGCUGCCUGCUCGACAUCCACUCAAAGUCUGAUUCCGGCAUAGUUGCCGCAGAUGUCUGGAUCUCUCGCAGUGGAAUGUCAUCCAUAUGCAAGCGACUGGAGGGUUCCUAUGAAGAGACAUCGCAGACAUUGACUGGUCGUGCCACGGAAGAAGGUCAAGAGGAUUCGGUCGGCUCUGGGACUGAACCUGAUCUCCAGGACAUAUCGCUGAAGCUAUCUGAAGAUGGCCUGACUCUGUCUGGAACUACUGACUCACAGGAAGUUACCUUUCACCGUCGCACCAACUCGAAGAGCUUCGUUUGGUGCAGCGCAGACAGCGACUGCAUUGAGACGAAGGAGAGCUUUUCCCGACAAGUUGUUGUCACCUAUGGCAAGAAGAACAAGGCCAGUGAGGAGAUUCGCCUCGGGAUCUCCAAGUCUUCGCCCCUGGCACCUAUCUUCCUGGAGUCCUUCUUGGCACAGGGUCCAGCCCAGGAGAAAGGGGUUCAAGUUGGAUGGUACAUGGAUCUUGAUGCGACCCUCUUUGGUCCUUCUGCGGAGUCGGAGGCAAUGCAGGAGUUCAAGACCAGCCUUGGUGGCGACUUCCCGGAAAAUUUGGAAGAUGCCUACAGGCAGAUUCACUUGCUGUACGACCGCCUGUGCAAGUGGCUUGAACGCCCGGGCUUGAGCCUGGUCUUCUGCAGCGCCGUGAAGGCAGAGCUUCUACCCGAGGCCUUGGUCCGCUUCCAGGGGAACCCCAGGUCGCAUCUGGGAAAAAUGGCGGAAGAUGGCACGCUGACUGGGCACGGGCUGCUGCGUGGCAGCCCUGCACAUGCUGCUGGAGUUCGGGCUGGCUGGCAACUUGAUCUUCAGAAAAGCUCGCAGCUGGCAUCUCAAAAGCCCAAUGGCAAGGCGAAUCUUGCAGAGCUGCUGGAUGGAGAUUCGGCGCGCGUCCUUGUGUUCAGCCUCCCAUCUACAGAUGAGGAAUGGGAGGAGAAGGCUGCAUCGGACUGGACGGAGCCAUUCUUGCUGCCGGGGGCGGAUGCUGUUGCCAUCAGGUGUGACAGCAGCUCAGGUGGCUUAGUUGAUGAACGGCUCUUGAUAGCUGUUCCAACAGGCGAUGAUCUGCCCAAGCCAAGUGCCGAGCAGCUACAGAAGCUUGCAGACAGCUGGGAAAGCGCUUGUGAUCGAUUUUACGGGCUGAAAGGUGAAGAGGUAACGGUGGAGAGGGACAGCUGGGAUGAAGUGAGGCUUCGGGCCCUCUGUGCUCAUCAUGGUUGGGAUUUCUCCUGGAUGACGGAAGAUGACGAACGCCGGAGACGCAUUGUGGAGGGAAGCUGA